UUCUUUAAAUAUUCUAGGCUUCUGUUUAUGAUCAGUUUGGCAUUACAGAUCAUCCACGUGGGAAACAGCUAUCAAAGAGAGAAAUAUAAAGGUAGUAGAGAAGGAAUCAACAGUGCUACAGCUCAGAAGCUCCAGCAGAAAACACUCGAUUGGACCUGGAAUAAUUUUAGGGAGGAGAACGACAGCGCGGAGGGCUGGAGGCCGCAGGGUUCAUUGCCCUACUCGCGGACUUUCCGAGAGCGUGCGCCCCCGCGGCCGCGCUGCUGCCGGAACGGCGGCACCUGCGUACUGGGCAGCUUCUGCGUGUGCCCCGCUCACUUCACCGGCCGCUACUGCGAGCACGACCAGAGGCACAGCGAAUGCGGCGCGCUGGGGCACGGAGCCUGGACCUUCCGCGGCUGCCGCCUCUGCAGGUGUGUCUUUGCGGCCCUGCACUGCCUCCCGCUACAGACACCCGGCCGCUGUGACCUGAAAGACUUUCUCGCCUCACACUCUAAUGGACCAAGAACGCAGCUCACGGGGAAUGUUCUCCUCCUCCUGCCCUGCUUCCUCCUGAAAUCCGUCCUCAGCGAAGGGGGAGGCCGCUGACGGGACCGCAGUUCCACCCGGCGGAACCCGAACCGCGCCUGGCCUCCCAGCGUGGCCGAGCGAGGCGGCGCUGCGUGGGGAAGCCGGGCUCGCUUGUCCUCUUGUAUUGUCUAUAUUGUAGGUAAUAGAUUGGUUUCAUUUCUUAUCAAGUGGAGCAUUAGAUGCAUAUUUGUAUUGUUUAAUAAACAUUUGCA